GAGAAGAGGCGGGGGAGCCGAGGCUGGCAACCCUGCCCCAAACUGCCAAAGUCCUACUUUGUCAUUGGGUGGCUGUGACAGAGAGAGGGAGCCAAGAGAGACAUAGAAGAGGAAUAGACUACGAUUGGAUGAUACUGAUUGUGCAAAAAAAGGCUAAAGCAGCUUGGGAGUAUUCCUCCUUGCCAUGGGCCCUUGGGGGUUGCUCAAGAAGAAGAGCUCAGAGGGCACAUGAAGAAACAGCGACACGAGAAGAGGCGAGUGACAAGAAGCAACGAAGGAAAACAAAGCUUUCAGAACUGACAGCGCAUGAGAGCUACCCAGGCGAAACCCUCUUCAGCGUCCCAGUGCCUCAGCUGAGAGAGAGAGAGAGAGAGAAAGAGAGAGAGGGAGAGAGACAGCGGUCAACGACUCAUUCAUCAAUCCACCAGUCCAUCCGUCAUCAUCAUCUGUCCAGCCAAGAGGUUAAAGGCUAAAGGAAGAUGAAGAGACCUCACGACUACAGCUCCCCGGACUCGGACACAGACGAGUUCAUCGACGUGGGGCAAGAAGACAGCUACUGCCCCGUCACCGGGUCCAUGUCUCCAGGCAGUGCCUCGCAGAUCCUGGCUCGGAAGAAGAGAAGAGGGAUCAUAGAGAAAAGGCGCCGAGACCGGAUCAACCACAGCCUGUCGGAGCUGCGGAGACUGGUGCCAAGUGCUUUUGAGAAACAGGGCUCCUCUAAAUUGGAAAAAGCUGAAAUUCUGCAAAUGACAGUGGACCACCUCAAACUGUUACACGCUAUGGGGGGGAAAGGGUACUUUGAUGCAAGAGCUCUGGCUGUUGACUACAGGACCCUGGGCUUCAGGGAGUGCGUUGGAGAGGUUGUACGGUACCUAAGCUCACUGGAGGGGGAGUCUCCGGACCCUAUAGGAGCCCGCCUUGUUUCCCACCUCUCGCACUGUGCCAGUGAGCUGGACCCUCUCCUGCUCCAGUCACCCCCUGCGUCUGCCCUACACUUCCCUCCUUGGCCGUGGAACUCCUUCCCGUCGAUUGCCCCUGCCUCGCCUGCACCCUCGUCGCCGUCUUUCCCGAGCGGGCGAAGGGAUCUCGCGUUGCUGGGGAGCUACCCGUCAUCCGCCUCGCUGCGUCUCACGCCCCUGGCUGGCUGCCAGCAGGGCGCCCCGCCGCUCCUCGGGCCGACAUCUUUGGCCUCCAUCCACAGAGUGGCCUCCCUCCCAACAUCUUCCACUCUGGGCCCCUCCAGGCCAAACCAGCCGUCCCCUCACAGCACCACCUGUGCAUCACCUUUACCUCUCCCCACCGCUUCCUCUUCUUCACCCUCCUCCUCCUCUUCCACUCCAUCAUCCUCUGCACCUCUGCAAGUGUCCUUCCGGCCUUUUGCACCUCUGGGCUCUCCUAUAGCCCAGCGCAGGAGCCUCACUGGUGCAAGCAAGGCGGCGCAGGGGUGGGGGACUGAGAUCGGAGCGUUUUGAAGGUCGUCUCUAACAAACAAACUCUGUAAAGUGGACACGGACCUUUCAUUUGCACCAUGUAGCAAAUACUUGCGAGAGUUGUCUCUUUUAAGGGACUCUAAAAGCCAUAUGAGAUGACGAGUGAAGUUUUAGAUUCUUACAAUCAUUUAUGAAGGAAUGUGAAGGAAAUGCUUAGUUGUAUCCAUGUUCUUGUCUGACAAAAACACAAACAGUGUCCUGCAGAGCCAUAUAUAUGAAACAAAAAGGUUCAGGUUGUGUUUUGACUGAACUUCGAGCUGUGAUGUUUCUCCUUUUUCCCCUAAAACAUUUCUACAUUUGAUUAAAUUUUUUUUCCUUUCCAGAGAAUGUUGGACAAAACCCUCCAUAAAGUUUAAGUGCCUUCACCCUCUGUGUGUGUUUCUGCUUUCUCUCACUGACUACAUGAGUAAUAGCCAGCGUGUUUUUGCAGCUGUCAACACAACAGAGCAAAGGAAUGGCGGAGACAGGGAGCUCUGCUCCUCUUUUAUCCAUAUCUGUCACGUCUGAAAACGCCGCCAACAUGUUCCCCAGCCGUAACCCCCUUUGAGCAUGUAAGCUGUCUCCAGCCAGGGCUUGUGGGAGCUGUGGUCUUGCGGCAGCGGAGGAUAAACAUGGUGGGAGAUGGUGAUGUUUUUGGGAUGCCGCGGUGAGGCAAACAGACCCAUCACUGUGCCCUCUAAUUGGCGCUCCCCUGUAAUUAAAUUCGCCCUCAUAUCAGCCAAUGCAUCCCCCUCCGCCUUCUCUGUUGUUUCCCUGCCAUUCUUCCUCUCGAAUCUUGUGGUACACCAGCGGAUAUCUUCUCUCUCUGUUUGUCUGCGCCACUGUCUCCUCUACAAUGAACGGACAAAGGCGAGGGAGGGAUGGAGGGACGGGGAAAACAAAAGGCGCAGAUCUGAACGGCUGUGGUCGAGUGACUGAUUCAGCAUAGACGUUCAAUAACAGGGUGGCGGCGGGAGGCGGGGGAAAGGGUUAGGGGUUGAUGACAGGGGCCGUGAAGGCUUAGAUGGAAAGAAAGAGGAAUACUGUGAAUCAAAGGAGGUUGGCCAGGACACAGAGCGUGCACAACACAUCCCCGCGCGGUGAUAAAUGGCAGUUGCAAACAGUUGUUUUCUUUUGAAGAUACACAUAGCCAUGCUGUGUUUCACCAGAGCUGCACGCCGGAGGGAUGAGAGAAGGGUUUGGUGUGUGUUUAUUGCAGGCCGGCGCUUUGAUCUACUUCGGGAUGCAAUGUCUGUGGUCUGCGGUCCAAAGAAUGUGUGUGUUCCGCAAAGUGCGCACUGUUUAUGCGAGCGAGCGUGCUAGUGCGUUCUGGAGGCUCCGUCCCCUCUUGCUUUCACUGUCUUUGUGUUUCAGAGUUUUGUUUAUGUGGUGUGCAGCCCCCGUUGUGUGCUUGCGUGUGUUUGCGCGCGUGCGUGCGCGUAACGUGAGUAUUCGGAGCUUGGCGUCAGGACCCGACCGCAGUGACGGCGUGGCUCUCGUGCGAGGCCGGUCGGCGGUCAGACGGACGGUAUGAUGGUGGAAUGUUCGCGGAGAGAGCCGGCAUACAUACACAAACACGCACAACACACACACACACACAUACACACACACAUCCAGAGAUACAUAGUUAUAGACAAAAGCACAAGCUGGCUGGCACUAUUCAAUCUUCUGAGUGGAGGAGCCAGAGUCACCACCACAGCUUCCUGGAAGGACAACCACACUCACAAUGCGCUGGCGUUCUCACGGGGGAGGGGAGGCUCGGAGGGAGGAGAGAAGAAGAAGGGGAGGGGAUGUCGGGCAGAGGAAGAGGGAAGUUCUGUGCCUGUGAGGAAAGGUUUUAUGGAAGCUUAGCGAGGAAAAGAGGAGGGUUCUGUCAGAAGGUAGGAGGGCAGACGAGAAGGGAGUAAAUAAAGAAGUGACAAAAUGUUGUUUUUUUUUACUUGAAUCUUUAAAUGGUAAAUUAGACAGCUAGGUUUGCCAGCAAAUCCUUGACGAGAACUAGUUCAAGGUAGAGUUCAGUCAGGUAAAGAUGUAUGAAUUUGUUUCACCGCCUUCUUGUUGUUAACCAAGUUCACAGCUCCAGCAUGAACUACCAGAACUAGAGAGACUUUCACUUCUCUGAAUCAAAUGAAAAGUUUACACACAUCGCAUUGUCUUGAAACUUGUUACAGUUCACUUUUCCUGGUGUUAGGAUGUGUUUUAUGUUAGUUUCAGAACAUACCCACAGUUAAAAAAAAGCAUAAGUUUAUGUUUUGAUUUGUAUGAUUUUAUUAAACAUAAUGGAAUAAUGUGAAAGAUGGCAUCAUUGGUUCUUUAGCUCGGAAUGUGUUUUGCCCCCUA